GGGCAGGAAAGAAGGCUAAAAGGGCCGCGGCCCCAGAGGGCGGGAGCCAGCCAGGCCAUGGCGGAUGUCCCUGGUGCACACCGAUCAGUUCUCAGCAGCGGACAAGAACCCCGGGAUCCCCUGGACUGCUGGGCCUGCGCUGUGCUGGUAACAGCUCAGAAUCUCCUGGUGGCAGCCUUCAAUCUUCUCCUGCUGACGCUGGUACUGGGGACCAUCUUGCUACCCGCUGUCACCAUGCUGGGCUUUGGCUUCCUCUGCCACUCCCAGUUCCUGCGCUCCCAGGCACCCCCUUGCACUGCACACCUACGGGACCCGGGCUUCACGGCCCUGCUGGUCACCGGAUUCCUGCUCCUUGUGCCACUGCUUGUACUUGCCCUGGCCAGCUACCGCCGUCUCUGCCUCCGCCUCCGCCUGGCCGACUGCCUAGUGCCUUACAGCCGAGCUCUCUAUCGGCGGCACCAGGGCACCCUGCAGCCCAGGCAGAUCCGGGCUUCACCAGGGUCCCAGGCUCUUCCCACACCAGGAAAAGUCUGGGUUUGAGAAGCCUCAAUUCAAGAACAACCUUGAUGUUUGCCCUCCCUUCCUGUCCACCCAAGGACUUGAAGCCCAGUAUCUUCUGCCUUGCUCCAUCCUUGGCUUAACAGGGUCCUAGCAUCCCUUUGGGGAACAGCAGCCUCUGUGGACCCAAUAGUGGUGAAAACUCCCAUGCCCCCAGAAAUCCCACUUUCCUCUUACUUUUCUCAACCAAUCCUGACUCUGGGCUGGACCCUGCACACAUGUACCCCCUCCCUUCCCUUAACGUGAAUAGGGCAACUUGUAUUUACCACCCUGAAGGACAGAGCUGGACGGUAUCAUGCAAUAAAGAAUUUUUGAACUGAA